AUGGGAGAUCACGUAGAAUAUCAGACGAAGCACAUUGAGACCGAACUGAUGUUCUGGGGGAUGUCGGGGGAUGGCUAUCGUGUCGACGCCGACUUCACCACCGGGAAGCCCGACGAGGCCAUCAAGGCCAUGCAUCUUCAUGAUGACAUGCGCCCAGUCACCGUGCAUGACAUCCGAGGCCAGGAGUCCAACUUCACGCUGGACCAACAUGGCUUUACGUAUGUGUCACAUGAUAUCCCUGGGGAGGCCACCGAUGAAGAACAGGUGAAGGACAUUGUCAUCCCGAAGACCGAGGAAUUAGUUCGCCAAAUAACUGGGGCAACCAAGACGGUCACCUUUGCACAUCGAGUUCGGUGCCUCGCGACAGAUGCCUCCUUGAAUGCCGAGAAUCGCGCACCGGCACAUAGUGUGCAUUCAGACUUCACCGCUGCAGGGUCAUGGCACCACCUAGAGUCCAUUAUACCCGACGAAGAGGAACGGACACGUCUCCUCGCAGGUCGAGUCAUGAUCAUCAAUGUGUGGCGGCCGUUGAAAACUAUCCAGCGUGACCCCCUUGCAGUGUGUGCCUGGAAUUCGGUUCAUCCACGCGACCUCAUUCCCACGCGGCUGAUCCUGCCUCAUGGCUGGAAUGAAAUGGGCCGGUAUGCCUUCAGUCCAGACCAGCAGUGGUACUAUCUGGGCCUUCAGCAGCCGGACGAGCCUCUGAUCUUUACGCAAUUCGACAGUGACACCGGGGUCAGCGUUCCGCACUCUGCCCUUGUUGACCCUGAGUUUCAGGAUGGGGCUGCCAGGGAGAGCAUUGAAAUCAAAAUGUUUGCUUUUUGUUCCCAGUGA